AUGGUUCUUCCAGAGACUCUUGCUGGGGCAUGUCUUUCUUCUAGCCUUUCAGUCUUGUUUAACAGAUUAUUUUCUCGGGCGUUUCUUGAUCUCAUCCAGGGAAAUAAAGAACCUCUCAAGAGGUUAAAGAUUGUGUUAUUGUCUGUUCAUGCUAUAAAGGAUGAUGCUGAGCAGAAGCAACAUGGAAACCCGGUUAUUAGAGAUUGGCUUCAUGAACUAAAAGAGGCAAUCUAUGAGGCAGAAGACUUACUUUAUGAGAUUGAAGCUGAAGCUUUGAGGUCGCAGGCCAACAAUUCUCUUUCACUAAAAGAGAUAGUGACUUCUCUUAAUGCAUUUUUUACUGCUAGAAAACUACAGAUAGAGAGCAUUAUUGAAAGAUUAAAGAUUUUAGCAAAUCAAAAAGAUGUUCUUGGUUUGAAGGAAGCAGUUCGCGGUACCUCUUUGCAAGGAAUAUGUCCUGCUCCUUUGGUCGAUGAAUCUCAUAUUUUUGGCAGAAGCCUUGACAAAGAUGCUAUCAUUGACUUGCUACAGUCCGAGAAUUUUGAUGGUGAUGGGAUUUCUGUAGUUGCUAUAGUGGGAAUGGGUGGUGUUGGCAAGACUACCCUUGCUCAGAUGGUCUACAAUGAUAAUCGAGUGCAGACUCAAUUUGCCAUUCGAGUAUGGAUUUCUGUAUCAAAUAACUUUGAUGUUUUUGGACUAACAAAGAGAAUUUUUGAGGCAGUGACAUCCCAAACAUGCAUUGUCCAAGAGCUACUUGACCUUCAAGUUCAAUUGAAGAAUGCUUUGAGAGGGAGAAAGUUUCUCAUCGUUUUAGAUGAUCUCUGGAAUGAGAAUUAUAUUUACCGGGAUGCAUUGAAGACUUCUAUUGACUUUGGUCGAUCUGAAAGUAGGAUUAUAGUCACCACUCGGAGUGAGAAAGCAGCCUCCAUUUUGACUAGUUCUUCCUCAAUCUAUCAACUGCAGAUGAUAUCUUAUCAACAUGCGUGGUUGUUAUUCCAGAGGCAUGCCUUCAACAAUAGAGACCCCUCUACAUUUCAACAUCAGUUGGAUUUUGGUAAAAGAAUUGUUCAAAGAUGCAAAGGCCUUCCCCUAGCUGUUAAAUCUUUUUGUGGUAUUUUGCGCAAUGAACUUAAUAUAAAGAAAUGGGAAGCAAUAUUAAAUAGUGAGAUUUGGGAGUUGCCUGAGAGGGAGAAUAACAUUCUCCCAUCCCUGUUGUUGAGCUAUUUCCGUCUACCUUCUCAUAUUAAGGCAUGUUUUGCAUACUGCUCUAUAUUUGAGCAAGGUCGUGAAAUGGAGAAAGAGCAGUUGAUCUCAUAA